AACAUGAUUUUGUGAUGAGGGCAAAGCCACCGCUCAGGGAUCUUCAGCCAACUCUUCACCUGAAGGUCGUUAAUCCAAACUGUUUUGAGGCCGGCGUAUUCUUCCACUUUACAAUAAUUUCUUCUCUCACUGUCAUUGAUUUUUUUUGCUUAUCUAAAGGGAAUGGCUCGGAGUAUCACAAAUUAGAAUGAAUUGUGUUUUUGCUCAUUGGUAUUCAGGUAGAGCGCGUGUAUAAAAUUAAUAGUGUGCUGCGUGGGAGCGCUUUCGCGCACGUGUGCUACUCGAGCUGUAGUAGUCUGCAUGUAAAGCCCAUCCCGAUUGUGACUGAGAGAGAAAAGUAGGUGGGGGUCGACAACGUGUGCACAUCUACAGCUGGACGAGAGGCUGCGUGUCCCCCGCGGUGGCGAGCUUUGGAUCCGUCAACUCGACUCCCCCCAAAAAAAUGUCAUGAUGUGCUUGAUGCCUCUCUUCUUUGCUUUUCGUGCAAACUUGAGCUUCGUCUGAUAGUAACUUAAUCGCCGGGAAGAUGUCCACGCAGCACCUGAACUCCUCGCCGCCCAACCACAGUCACCUCUCGGCAGCCACCACCGACCGGCCGGACGCCUCGGAGGGGCGCAUCCGCCUGCUUCUUUUCGCUUUGUGCGUAACGAUCGCCGCCGCCACCUUCGUCGGCGGCGUAUACUCGCUCCUCCUGGACAAAAGUUUCGGAACCUACAACGAAUUGAGCCCGAGUUCGUGCGGGACCACGUGCGAGCUCAAGGAGAGCAAGGAGGCUGCCGGGGGCUGCCCCAGGGUCGUCUGCCGGCAAAAGUCGGCGACUGCGGGGGACCCGCCGGUGGUGUUUGCCCAAAAGCGCUUCUCCAUGGUCCUUGCGGUUGUCAGGACUCUGAUGCUGGUGCGCCACGCCGCCAAUGCACGCAGCUCGUCCCUAGAGACGCUCGGCUUCUUUCUCACGUUGCUCGCGCCUGCCGUCACGCCGCUAUUCGUACUGUCCAAGCGCUGGAUCCAUUUGCCCUGCGGCUGCUUCAUUAACUGCAACCGUGAGCCCACACCAGACCCCUCAGCUUCGUCUGAUAGUAACUUAAUCGCCGGGAAGAUGUCCACGCAGCACCUGAACUCCUCGCCGCCCAACCACAGUCACCUCUCGGCAGCCACCACCGACCGGCCGGACGCCUCGGAGGGUCUGGACAGCCUGGACAAAAGUUUCGGAACCUACAACGAAUUGAGCCCGAGUUCGUGCGGGACCACGUGCGAGCUCAAGGAGAGCAAGGAGGCUGCCGGGGGCUGCCCCAGGGUCGUCUGCCGGCAAAAGUCGGCGACUGCGGGGGACCCGCCGGUGGUGUUUGCCCAAAAGCGCUUCUCCAUGGUCCUUGCGGUUGUCAGGGUUACUUUAUGGAUGCCAAUGAUGACUCUGAUGCUGGUGCGCCACGCCGCCAAUGCACGCAGCUCGUCCCUAGAGACGCUCGGCUUCUUUCUCACGUUGCUCGCGCCUGCCGUCACGCCGCUAUUCGUACUGUCCAAGCGCUGGAUCCAUUUGCCCUGCGGCUGCUUCAUUAACUGCAACCGUGAGCCCACACCAGACCCCUCAGCAAUGAAAAGAAGACUGGAGUUCAACCUUUCCCUCCAGAAAAGCUGUGGCGUGUUCAAGCUGUCCCACGCUGCCAUGUCUCACGGCACCGCGCCGGCCGAGAAGCGGGCCUACCACAGCCUCUUCAAUAGCGAUUUCCCAAACAGCCGUCUGGAUGCGCUGGAGACUGGUGGGCUCUGCCGCUUGGGCCCAAAUUCCAGUGCAACUUUGCCCGUGGACAGCUCCUUUCAUUCAGACCUCUUGUUAGAGGACGUCGGCAGCGGCGGAGAGGCACCGCCUGAUUGUCCCUCGUCGUCCCGCGAGAACCACGGAGGUGAGGAGGGCUUCCACGACAUUCCCUCCUUACCUCUUAAUCACCAGGAGAAGGAGCGUCAUUUCACGGACACCUCGUCUGUGUUCGAGGACUCGGAGAGGAGGCUGUCGCAUGAAGAGGGCCGCAAAAUUGAGCUGACAGACUGGGAGUGGUGCAGGAGCAAAUCCGAGCGAACGCAAAGACAGAGGUCAACAACUGGUCUGUCCAUCCCGCUGUGCGCCUUCCAGGGAACUGUGUCUCUGCAGGCCCCCACUGGGAAGACCCUCUCUCUGUCCACCUACGAGGUCAGCAGCGACGGACUGAGAAUCUCCCCGCAAAAUUCCAAGAGGGUGGAGGUGUACCGCUCCAAAUCGGUGGGCCAUGAGCCCAGUGCAGAUGACAAAGCGUCAGGUGGCCAGACAGACGAUGUGAACAUCGCUGGUGUCAGUAUGGGACAAGACAUCGGAAUGGGCAUUGGAACUGCAAUCGGGGACACCAACGUUAAGAUCCACCUGGAGGUCCUGGAAAUCUGCGAUAAUGAGGAGGCCAUGGACAGCGUCUCCAUUGUGUCCAACAUCAGCCAGUCGUCCACCCACGCCCGCUCGCCAUCAUUGCGCUACUCACGCAGGGAAAACCGCUUUGUGUCCUAUGACUUGGGCGAGACGGCCUCUUACUCCCUGCUCAUCCCCACCAGCGGUAACGCCGAGGCUGAGGCCAUGAGCAUCACGAUACCCGACACGGUGGAGGCCCAUCGGCAAAACAGUCUGAGACAGACGCAAGCAAGCACUGGAUAUCAAGAAGAAAUACAACUGCUCAACGAGGCCUACAGAAAACAGGCUGGAGAUGCGGACUAGAACAACCUCCAGCUGUUGUCAAGCAUGACUUGUGUUUAUUUAAUUUAAUUGUCCAUACAUUUGUUUGUUGGUUGCUAGUUCCAUUACAGAUUACAUGGAGGGCCAUUGGUAGUGCAGUGGUU